AUGCCAUUUAUCAAACUGCGCGUCACUCAGUGGCUGAAAAGGAGAGAGCAUCGCGAGCUAGUUGAAGAAAUGGACACGACCCAGCGCAUACAACUGCUCGCGGCAGGCGCUACGAUUGACGAUGCAGACACGCAAGAUCUCGUAGAAGAGUUAAGAAUGCCUCCGUAUCGGUCGACGGUUGAAGACUAUGGAGAAGUUGUAAUUCAACAUGGUUUUCUAGUGAUGUUUGGCCUCGCGUUUCCGCUCGCAGCACUGAUUAACUUUCUCAACAAUAUGGCGGAAUGCCGCACGGACACAUACAAAAUGCUCGCCGUACACCAGCGACCGGAUGCUGAUGAUGCAGCGGACAUAGGAGGAUGGUUCCCCUUCCUGAAAUUUUUGUCCACUGCAUCUAUCGUGACCACGGCUGCUCUCGUUACUAUUACGACGCCAGCAAUUCAACUGGCUCUCCCGGAUUUUAUCGGUAACGUUGGUGAGCGGUAUCCAGCGGUCUCUUUCUUGAUUUUCGAACAUGUCCUGUUGUUAACGCGAUGGGUAGUGGACUUUCUGGUAUCUGACAAGCCAUCGUCGACCUACCGAAGGCUUGCUCGACAAGAGUUUCUCAUCGCCAAAUGCUUCAAUGUUGGUAUGCAACCUUACUUUGAAUCAUCCGCUCACGGUAUUAAAGAGGCAUGA